UGUCCGUGCCAUUUCCACAGAAGAGGCAGAGGAAGGCGAACAUGACGGCUUUAGAACCACAGAAUGUCAACUGGCAGGGGACCUCCAACCGGCGGGCGCAUCACACAGACAGGUUCUCCAGCCGGGAGCUCAUCUUACGGAGAGGCCAACCCUUCAGUUUCUCAUUGAACUUGAACCGAAGUCUUGGCGAUGGAGAAAGCCUGGCUUUCAUCACCUCCACAGGGCCUUACCCCUCAGAGUCGGCCAGGACAAAGGCUGUCUUUCCACUCUCCAGUGGGACAAGUCGUGGGGGCUGGAGUGCCCAGCUCGUGUCCAAACAAGACAACAUCCUGACCAUCUCCAUCUCCAGUCCUGCCAACGCGCCCGUAGGCUGGUACACACUGAGCACUCAGAUCUCCUCCCAGGGCAAAGACUUCGUUCUGAAACUUGGGACGUUCAUAUUGCUCUUUAACCCCUGGUUGCCAGAGGAUGGUGUCUUUAUGAGUAACCAUGCUGAGAGAGAGGAGUACGUCCAGGAAGAUGCAGGCAUCAUCUAUGUGGGGAGCACGAAUCGAAUCGGCAUGGUUGGCUGGAACUUUGGACAGUUCGAAGAUGGCAUUCUGAACAUCUGCCUCUCGAUCCUGGAUCACAGCCUGAACUUCCGCCGCGACCCUGCUACCGACGUGGCCCGCAGAAAUGACCCCAAGUACGUCGGACGAGUGCUCAGUGCAAUGGUCAAUGGCAAUGAUGACAAUGGCGUGAUCUCCGGGAAUUGGAGUGGCAACUACACGGGGGGUCUGGACCCACGGAACUGGAAUGGCAGUGUGGAGAUCCUCAAGGAGUGGAAAAAAUCGGGCUUCAGACCCGUCCGAUACGGCCAGUGCUGGGUCUUUGCUGGGACCCUCAACACAGUGCUGAGGUGUUUUGGGAUUCCCUCCCGAGUGGUCACCAACUUCAACUCAGCCCAUGACACAGACCGAAACCUCAGUGUGGACGUGUAUUAUGACCCCUACGGGAGGCCCAUAGAGAAAGGCAGUGACAGCGUGUGGAAUUUCCACGUCUGGAACGAAGGCUGGUUUGUGCGAACUGACCUGGGCCCAUCGUACAACGGAUGGCAGGUUCUGGAUGCCACCCCCCAGGAGAGGAGCCAAGGGGUGUUCCAGUGCGGCCCAGCUUCCGUUGUUGCUGUCCGAGAGGGUGAUGUGAACCUGGACUUCGACAUGCCCUUCGUCUUUGCGGAGGUGAACGCCGACCGCAUCACCUGGAUCUACGAUGCCUACAACAGCACCCAGAAGCAGAAUGCCUCGGACACCCACAGCAUUGGCAGGUACAUCAGCACCAAGGCGGUGGGCAGCAACUCUCGCAUGGACAUCACCGAGAAGUACAAGUAUCCGGAAGGUUCCAGCCAGGAGAGACAAGUGUUUGAAAAGGCCUUGGGGAAACUCAAACCCCAUGCAUCCUUUGGUGCCACCUCUGCGAGACCCUUGGCACGAGAGGAAAGGGAGCCCAGCAUCUCAGGGAAGUUCAAGGUAAUUGGCAUUUUGGAGGUGGGCAAAGAGGUCAACAUGGCCCUGUUGCUCAAAAACCUGACAAGCGACAUGAAGACAGUGACCGUGAACAUGACGGCCUGGACCAUCGUCUACAAUGGCACGCUGGUGCACGAGGUGUGGAAGGACUCCGUCACAAUAUCCCUGGAUCCCAAAGAAGAAAUACAGCACCCUGUGAAGAUUACAUAUGCUCAGUAUGAGAAGUACCUGAAGGCAGAUAACAUGAUCCGGACCACAGCUGUGUGCCAAGUGCCUGACGAGGCUGAGGUGUUGGUAGAAAGGGACAUCAUCCUGGACAACCCCAGCCUGACCCUGGAGGUGCUGGACCAGGCGCGAGUGCGGAAGCCCCUGAAUGUCCAGAUGCUCUUCUCCAACCCGCUGGACGAGCCGGUGAAAGACUGCGUGCUCAUGGUGGAGGGCAGCGGCCUGCUGCUGGGUAGCCUCCGGAUUGACGUGCCAACCCUGCGCCCCAAGGAGCGGUCCCGGGUGCGUUUUGAGAUCCUGCCCACCCGGAGUGGCACCAAGCAGCUGCUCGCUGACUUCUCCUGCAACAAGUUCCCUGCGAUCAAGGCCAUGCUGUCCAUCGACGUGGCUGAAUGAAGGGCCCAAGAGGCCCCCAUACAAACUUGGGUGACACGGAGCAGGCAGGGCUCACCCGUGGCUUGAGCCCCCUGCCCAUGCUGUCCAGCCUGGGAAACCCCCAAGACGGCCUGGACUGGACCCCCAGCCUCGGGCUUAUGCCCUCUCCCUUGCCCCCAGGCUGGGCGGGCCCCACCCAGCUGGGGACUUCCUCACUUUUGCACAUGCCGCGGGAGCCCCAUGGCCCUGCUCAGCUCUCCAGCCCAUCAGCCCUGCAGGACAGAGGGGCACCUGACCCAGCGACUCUCUGAAUGGAUACAGGGGAGAAGACAGUCCACACUGUUUGCGGGUCCCAGGCUUGCAGAUGGGACAUUCCUAUCUGUUCCUUGGGCCACCGUUGGGGGAUGGGGAUGGUUGGCACUCACAUCUUUACACUCAAAAUAAAGGUUAAAAAGAAUGAAAUCAGCACAGGCUCUGCAAGACUGCUGCUUUGCCUCAGGAGGUGGAGCAGAAAGGCCGGGAGCCAUGUACUUAGGGAGAAAGGAGGACCCAAAGGGGCCUUGUUCCCACAUUCCAAUGUCCAAAGAGAGUGGGCUUGUUCUGUGUGGCUCCGGGGCAGAACUAGAGAGGCCGUUCAAGUGAAUUUAGGACAAUUUUCUAAUAGGAUGUCCGAGCAUAAAUGAGGCUGCUGGAGAGGGAGCUCCUUGUCCCAGGCAAGCUUCCUGCGCUCUCUGGGUGGCUGCUGGUGUCAGGGAGAGAAAGGAUGUCAGAGUCUUUUCUGGAAUGCUUUUGCAGAGCAGGCUCCCAUGAGGCCCUGCCCCUGCUCCCACAGGGCUCCUCCCUCCUGGGGCCGCAUUGCCCCUCCUGCAGCCAGGAGGCCAUGGCCCUGCAAACUCAGCCGGAAGCUUCUCUGCCUUCACAUGCAUUCUGAUGGCUCCUCAGUUGUCGCCCCUGAAAUGACCCCAAGCAGAGCCCAUACCUUUCCUGUCACUUGUGCUGACGAAUUCCAUUUUGGUAAUCGUGCCUCGAUUUCUGGAAGCUUCGGCCUCAUGCCCAGCUCGAAGCAUCUCCCUGGGCUCAGCUCAGGCCUAAUGCGCCCCCGCCUUCAUCCCCCCUUCCCUCCUACUGCUGCCUCCACUGGAACUGGAGGAACAUGACAGGGGCCUAUCUCACUGGUGCUGACCCAGCUUGGCCACUGAGGCCCUCUGUGUGGCUGGGGCGCAAAGAAAGGCAGGCUUUCUGCCCGGCGUGUUCCAUGACGGGGCAACACGGUCCUCAGUUCCAGCCCCCAGAGGCCUACCUCAUGAGAGCUAACUACACUGGAAGUGUUUUCACGAUGGUUUAGGCCCACUUCCCUUUCGUGGGGUCCUCUAGCCUGUGGGACGCUCAUACCUCCUUGAGCCAUCAAAUGGAGUGAGCGGGCUGGUCCCACCUCCCUCUUUCUCCACCUACAUCUCAAGCUGUUCCAGGCUGAGCUUCCCACCUCCACAAUUCCCCGGGGGCAGUCAGCACCGGAAGCUGUGCCCACCUGUGCUCCCGAGGUCGAGGCGCCACCCCCCACGCCCCAGCUCUGGUGUCUGGACGCAGAAGGUUUCCCUCAAGGAGCAAGAAACUUAUCUCUUCUUGCAAACCCUGCCACUCUCUCCAAGUUCACUCUCUCCAAGUUCACCCUCUCCAAGUUCACCCUCUCCAGGCCCUUGCCCCUGGAUUCGGCCUGGAGAUAGGGUAGUCCAUUCCUCCUCAAGAGAUUCUGCUCUAGUCCCCAGUGAGGAGGGAGAGGGUGAAAUGGACAAGGACCUACUCUAGUUUCUGACAGAGGUUUCCCUAUCUUCCCGUCCCCGUGAGGCCUGCCCUGGAUCUUAAUUCCCUCAUCAGCAAGCAUUUCCUCAAUGCCCACCCUGUGCCAGGCUCUCUGCUGGGCAUGGAAUCAAGAGAGAUUGAGAAUCAACCACAUCAUCAUCCCUGCCCUUGGAUUUCCACCCUCAAGGGAGACUCCUAAGGUGUGACAUUAAAAAAUCCAUGCGGGGUUUCCAACCAAUCCCAGGCACACGUGUCCCAUAAGAGUUGUAUCUAAUAGAAGCCCUCCACCCGAUUUGGGUUCUGGAGAAUUUUAGCAAUGAAAAAAAAAAAAAAAGCAGGUAGAAGUCACAGCACUACGUUGAUUUCUGGGAGAACUGAAGUUGGAGGUUGUACUUUGACGCUCUGUUCCUCCGUCCAUACACGUCAAGGACCACCAUGUCUUCUUGGAGAACGGACCUCCUUAUCAUUAUGGAAUGCUUCUUUAUCUCCCAGAACAUUCCUUGCUCUGAAAUCAGUGCUGUCUGAAAAUAAAAUAGUUACCCCACUUUCUUUUGAUUAGCAUGGUAUAUCUUGUUCCAGUCAUUCACUUCUAAUCUACAGAUGUCCUUAUCCUUAAAGUGGGUUUCUUCUAAAUAAAAUACAGUUGAGUCUUCUUUGAUCCAUUCUGACCAUCUCUGUCUUUUAAUGGGGGUAUUUAGACGAUUAACAUCUAAAGUAAUUACACACAGUUGGAUUCGUACCUACCAUAUUUGUUACUUGUUUCUGUUUCUUCCUCUUGUCCUUUGUUCCUUUUUUUGGUCUCACACUAUC